ACUGACAGUACAUGUAACACUCGAUUUUCGCGAUGGAUCUCCUCAGGUUGCCCUAUUUGGGGCAACAAAAAAUUCUUCAAUUAGCGGAUCCCGCUUCAGUCGUAAACUUCGCUCUAUCGUCAGAAGAAUGUGCACGGAUCGUGAAAACCAUCAACUUAUACGUUGAAGACUUGCGGCUCGUCAUCUCCGGAGAAUCGUGUAGAAUUGAGCUCAAAUUUUUCUAUCAUCAGAAAAAGUUCUCCUGGGCUUUCAUGCCGUCGCAAACUUCACGGAUAGUAAAGUACUACAGAAAUAAAACAAUUUCCGAGACGAUGUUUCCGUAUGAAAGGAUGAUGUUGGCUGCAGAUUUUGUAACGAAGGUCAUCAGAUUUCCAGUUUCUAGUGUCUCAGGCAAUGGUGAAACUUGGAGAAUGCAGGAAUUAGUGAAUUCAAGAUUAAUAAAGCAAGUCGACAAGGUUCAAUUGACGAACACGUUUAUUGCUAAUCCAUGUCGAUUUGAAUUAAAGGAAUUGGAAGUUCUUCUUAUCAAUCAGUGCAAUUGGUUCACUACUAGUUCUUUGGAAGCUUGGAACCCAAAAUACCUAAAAAUCAAGACACCAUACUUUUCAAGUUGGAUGACUAAUCUAUUUAUUCAAGAUUGCUGCAACUUAGAUAAAAACGGGAAACUAAGAAGGAUUGUAUUCUAUGGGAAAUACAAUAAAGUCCAGAUUUUGGAAGAUUUAAACUCGAAAAGAUUCGAAAAAGGCAGACGACAAGAAAUCUACCCAGGACCUAAGCCGCUUGACUGCAAACUCGGAUACGAUAUCGAGCGUAAGGACGGCCUUCUGUCUACAAUUGUUUUUGGACGAGAACGAAUUGAUUUUGUUUUCUGGCAUGAAAGGUUUCCAGGAGACAAUUAUGAGUUUUGAUCUAUUUUAUAAAUUUAAUUUUAUGGUGCUUUUAUCGUGAUCUCAUGUGAAUAAAUAAUCUUUUUAUU